CUAGGGAAGAAAAUCACACCUGUCUUUGUUUUGACAUUUGACAGAAGAGGUACUCAGAUUUCUAUGGUGACCCUAACCUAACCUGCAAUUUGUUGUCAAUUUUCUUCACUCAAACGUUGAAAAACAUAAAAAUAUUUCAAGAUGAUGCGAUAUGAGAAUGAGAACGAAAGGUUGGCAGAUAAAUCUGCCUGUGCUGGAGUUAGGGCUGAUUUGAAAAUGUGUCUUUUGGAGAGUGAAUGCUGUCAGAAGUAUAAGAAAACCCCGAGGGAAUGUUUGAAAGUUACUGAUGGUACAGUGCCAUCAGAAUGUCAGGCAUUGAGAUAUACUUUUUUCGAAUGUAAGAGGUCUUUGCUGGAUGCUCGUCAGAGGUUCAGGGGUAGAAAGGGCUAUUGAAACAUCAAAUAUUUAUAGUUUUAUUGUAAUAUAAACAUACUAGUGAUUCAUUGUGUGAAUAAAUUCUCUUCUGUA